AUGAAUGACCUUGUGGACUCCGUCAAUGAGAAGAUUUCGUCUGCAGUAGAAAGAGCUGGCGCGCAGGUCAAAUUUGUCGAUUAUGACUCUUAUGUUGGCUAUUUCAAUGGCCGAUUUUGUGAAGCUGGUGUCGAUGAAUCGACGUCAGAUAGCAACACAAGAGAGGGUCUAAUGUUCUACGAGCUAAACACGUGGGAUCCCCUCGGCUCUAAUCCUCACAAACGAAGCCAAGACCGUCCCCUAGAGGGAACGUUUGAGGGGUCUGUGAAUGAAUAUGCGGAGAUUACCAAACUCCUCGAUCCGGACGCUCAGUUUUCCAAACAGACCUCGGUGUCCGACGAUACUACUGAUAUGACUCUUGUGGAGUCGAAACUAUCUCUCAGUACUGUGUCCGAAUCUUCUGAUAUCGAAGUUCCGAAUGUGCUGCCAGACGGAUAUGGACGUGUUUUCCACCCCCAAAUUCAGCUUCAUGAGCUUAUUGCCAAUUUAGUCAUCUAUGAGAUGACCAACAAGAAUGAGUUGGACAAUGGGUAUCCAGAAAUUCCAGAGAAAUUCACUUUCGACUCAUGCCCUUGGACACCUGCAGACGUCGACGAUGACGAAUCGAUGGAUGCAGGAGGCCAACAGAUUGCUUUGGCAUCGUACAUCAAUCCAUUAUCUGAUCCCACUGCAUGGACUCGGAUGAUCGACUACCCAUCCGGCAUGGUGACCGUUCUGGUUGCAAACGUCCUCAACGGACCGGAUACGACUGUGGAUGAGGAUUGGGAGAAGGUCAUCUCCCGGGCCAAUACAGCGGGUAAACGAGUUCUCGGCUAUGUGCGCACAGGAUAUCUUGGCCUGAGCCAAGAUCAAUUCCAGACUCGACUGGGUUCGAGCGGUCUGGCCGACUGGGUCUCACAGAUCCAGACCGAUGUCGACCUGUGGUACACGUUAUACCCUGGCAUGAUUGGCGGUAUAUUCUUUGACGAAGGGUGGAACCAAUGCGGCGACGACAAUGUAUAUUCAGAUCUGUAUCGCUUUAUUACUGACUAUACGAAGCGCAUGCACCCGGGCGCCUUUACCGUCCUCAAUCCCGGGGCUACAAUGCCACAGUGCUUCGAGCAUAGUGCCGACACACUCAUGACUUUCGAGAACAGCUACGAUACAUACAUGAACAACUACUCACCUAACCCUGACUGGACACCUAGCGAUCCGCGGAAGCUCUGGCAUAUUAUCUACAAUGCCCCCUCAGACAGUGUGGGCAAGGUUGCUGAGCUGGCCCUGGAGCGCGGAGCUGGCCUGAUCCAUAUCACCAACGACAACCUCCCCAAUCCGUACGAUACCCUCCCUGAUGAUGACUACAUGCAGGUCAUCAUGAGCGCCCUUGAAGGUGGCAAACCGGCCAAUUCCAGUCCCACCGCAUAUGAAAAGAACGGCCAGUCUGCAUCUGCUCCCGGUUCAUUAGCAGUGACCGCCUCAGAUUACUCCUCCGUGAGUCUGAGCUGGGGAGCUAGCUCCCCUGCUCCCUAUGCAUACUCAAUCUAUCAGAAUGGGAAAGAAGUGGCCCGUCUACCAGGCAGCAUAACCAAGGUUACCAUCGGCAACAUCGAUCACGGUACCUCCAUUACCUUCACCGUGAAGGCUAUCGGGUCUGGGGGGAGCGCGUCGGGUAAUUCAAACUCGGUCGAGGCAACGACGCUUGAGUUGCCGGACAACCAGCCCGUCACCAACGUGAAGAGCAGCUCGACCGCCACAAAAAAAACGGUCCAGGCCGAUAUCCUAAUCCCCUUUGCUUUCCAACGCGUCUUCUUGACCGACCCGGACACGGCCUGCGAGAUGCCGGCGUGGCCCAUCAACUACAAUCUCGGCAAUUACAUUUGCACACACUACAUGGUUGAGAGCGGAACUCUGUUCAAAUACAGUGGUGCCGAAUUGCCGGCCGGACAGACCAAUUAUCCCUGGGCGUGGACCUCGAUGGGCACUGUCCCCGUCUCUCGGAGUGGCUACACCUGGACGUGGGAGCUUCCCAUCGGCUCUGAUACUGUCAACACGAACUACUUUGUCGUUGAGGCACAGGGAUAUGGGCCCCUGACCAAUGUCUUCCAUCCAUGCCCCAGUACCUGGGACGAUGCUACCCUCAGCAGCGGAGCCUACUGCACGGGCAACUCACCGUACGAUUGUAAAGGCGCGACGCUAUGCAGUACUUUGAAUGUCAAGUGGUGCGACAAGGCUGUCAACCAGAUGAAUCGUGGCUCGACACUCUAUACUGCCAAUGCAGAGGCUCUCGCGCUGUCUGGUAAUUGCUGGGCCAAUUGGGAGCAAUUUGGCUGCUCGGUGAAGAUCCGCGGUAAGGACGAGAACGGCAAGGACUGCACAAUUACUGGUGAUGAGAUGUGGGAGGCCUAUCAAGAUAUCCGCAAAAUUGGCGGAUGCAAAAAAUGUGGCAGCAAACACUUUGGGAAUGGCUGUCUGGUCAGCGUAGAUUACUACUACGGAUGUGAUAAUCGGGAUUCUGGAGUGAACGCGAUUGACGUCUGA